GGCAGCAGUGGGCUUCAUGUCUUUGCAAAUGCUGGUAUUUUGGAGUAUUGUGGUUUGUGCUAUUUCAGGCUCCGGAGUCGGAUGUGCAGACUGACAUCCACCCAACACGCGGCGGAGAGAAGCCCUGUUACAUUCACCAGGAACGCACGGGGCUCCGUUAGACGUGAACAAACUAGGUCAAUCGUGUAAAAAAAGAGAAAAAACCCAAAGCGACAUUAGCAGAAUAUUUCCGCGUGUGUGUGUGUGUGUGCAUGUGUGAGUGUGUGCAUGUGUGUCUGUGUGCAUCGAGCCUGGAAACACAGCAGCACCCAGAAGUGAACAAAGCGACCCGGAAGCGGUGGUUGGGACUGGAGGCAGGCAGAGACAGAACAUCAAGCUUUUAUAUUAAAGCUGCGCUCGCAACACAAUAUCUCUGCAGCCGGGACACAAGGAUGGCAGAGCCACGAUUUAACAACCCGUAUUUCUGGCCGCCCCCGCCAUCCAUGCCAGGCCAGCUGGAUAACCUGGUGCUCAUUAACAAGAUUAAGGAGCAACUGAUGGCCGAGAAGAUCCGACCCUUGCACCUGCCGCCUACCUCCAGCCAGUCCCAGCAGACCCUGCUGUUGCCCAACUCGACCCAGGACGGGGGCAACCAGCACGGUAUGUCAUUGCAAAAGCAGCAGCAGUUGUCGGGCCACCACCCGCAGGGACAGGGCUCUGGACAGCCGGACAUCGCUCUGCAUGCUCGCCCCGCCUCCAGCUCGGGACAGGAUGGAUUGAUGGACGACAAGUCAGCGGUGAAGGCUAAAGGAUUGUGGGAGGACUGGCACCUGAGACAGCUUGGCGAGCAAACUGGCCGCAUGAACCAUCGCUCAGCGCUGGCUCCCUCAUCCCGACCCGACAGCCACAUCAUGUCCGAGGCCCUGACCCCCACGACCCCGACCUCCAGCAACCAGAACCGGCUCGGUGGCGCCCCCUCUCUGAACAUCAUCUCUGGGCUGGCCAGUGGUCCGGGCAUGGACCACAUGAAGAUCGGCGGCCUGGCAGGACUGUUGGGCCCCCCACCCAAGGCCCCCCGGGGACGGAAGAAGAUCAAAGCUGAAAACCAAUCGGGUCCUCUGCUGGUGGUGCCCUACCCCAUCCUAUCUGACCAAGGCUGUGUCACAAUUGCACCCAAAGAGGGCAAAAUCUACAGAUGCAAAGUGUGCCCACUCACCUUCAUGUCCAAGUCCGAGAUGCAGAUUCACUCCAAGUCUCACACGGAGGCCAAACCACACAAGUGUCCCCACUGCACCAAGACGUUCGCCAACGCCUCCUACCUGUCGCAGCACCUGCGCAUCCACCUGGGGAUCAAACCCUACCACUGCUCCUACUGCGAGAACUCCUUCCGUCAGCUGUCACACCUGCAGCAGCACACCAGAAUCCACACGGGCGACCGGCCUUAUAAAUGUGCUCACCCCGGAUGUGAAAAGGCUUUUACCCAGCUGUCUAACCUCCAGUCUCACCAGAGGCAGCACAAUAAAGACAAGCCGUACAAAUGUCCCAACUGCUACCGUGCCUACUCCGACUCCGCUUCAUUGCAGAUCCACUUGUCAGCGCACGCCAUCAAAAACGCUAAGGCCUACUGCUGUAGCAUGUGUGGCCGGGCAUACACCUCAGAGACCUACCUAAUGAAGCACAUGUCCAAACACACGGUGGUGGAGCACCUAGUGAGCCACCAGUCGCCCCAGAGGACCGAGUCCCCAAACAUCCCCAUACGGAUCUCCCUCAUCUGAGCCUCCCCCCCCCGACAGCCCGGCAGCAGGUCGGAUUCGGAGUCUAUGUUCGGCUGGAGCUUGUGAGGCCCUGCACCCACGGCCAUCUACAUAAGGCUUACAUUGGCAUUAUGACAGCUUACAUACAUUCAGUACAUUCACUUUUUUUUUUCUUCAUUACAACGAUGUUAAUGUUGUAAUCAGUCCUGCUAAAAUCAUUGAAAUCAGCUUUUUCCCCUCGUCAAUCCACACUAAGUGCCCCAUUAUGACAAAGCAAAAGUGGAAAAAUGUAUAUUUGAACUUACCUAAAGUGAACGGGUGUGUCGCCUUCCAAGUCAUGGACGUAUAGCACAGUGCAGUAACUAUCUUUAUCAAGGGCCCAGCUGUCCCCUCAUGAAACCACAUUUAAAAUCACUUUAUCAGGAUUUUGCACCAAAUUGCACGACCUCAUAAAUAUCAGUCCCCAAAAUGUGCUUGAUUUUUUUUUUCUUCAAGAUCCAAAAGAAAUCCGGUAUCUGCCCCAAUUCUGUUUGUGGAUUUGCACUCACUCGUAAAUAUCAGUCCCCUAAAUGUGACUGGUGUUUUUUCAUCAAGAGACCAUGAAUUAUUCAUGGGGAAAAACUAAAAUGUAAAAAAAAUGCCUUAUUUCAGAUAAUAAAUUCCUAGAUCUGCCCCUUCGUGCAAAUCCUGGGCUAAAAUUGAAUGAGUUGUUAGUGGACCAUGUCCCGUCCCUCCACCAAGUUUGGUGGAAAUCUGUUGUAGUGUUUAUGUUCUGCUCCUAAACAAACCAAAACACAGACAGGGCUGAGAACACAACCCUGUUAGUGGAGUUUACCACCAAUUGUGUAGAAAUAUCUGAAAAACCAGAACGAGGACCCUGUCUUUACUGUGAUGAUGGGCUGCUCAGUGCAGAUUGAUGAGGAGAUUAAUGAAGACUUUAAAACUACGUUAGCUCGAGGCUGUAACUUAAACUGUGAAAACAGUGAAGAGGUCUGAAAAGGCCCUGAACGCGCUGUGAGCGCUCAGCGAGCGGACCGCCUCAAUUCGUCCCGACACAGGCCGCCUGUCCUAAAUGAGCACAGCGUUAUUUUGUGAAUGUAACAAUACAGCUAGAUGUUGUCCUGAGGAUCGAGUGGCAAAGAAUGUGUUGCGUCAGAUCUAAUAAGCACUUUCGUAAGCGUCAUGUAAACUGCCGGAUGCAUUGGCCAUCAGAAAUGUUUUAGUUUGUUUUGUUUUUUUUCCUCUUCCAUAAAAUGGGUUUCUAAAACGUGCCAGAUGAUAUUUGCCCUUAUAAAGAAUUGAGAAAGUAGAAAAAAGUAAAUGUUUGCUGGGUGUAUUCUGGAGACAUCCAAAGAUAAUCUUAAAGCACUUUUAGGCCUCGUGGUUUUGGCUCAAAUUGUUUCAAUCUUGUUGGAUGGAAAAUGCCAAAGGGCAUUACUUGUGGCAGCUAAGAGUACCGACUGUGUAUAAAUAACAGUGUUUCUGUUACUUUCUUUGCUUUUACUCGCAUUUUCGGUGCAAUUACACAUUUACAGGGUCGUCUAAAUUUGAAGAAAGGCAAUCGGUAGAUGACAAUUUCAACGUUUCAUGAUUGUAUUAACAAGGUGUACUGUUGAUUUGGGGAGGGAAGACAAAAAAAAAUAGAGCAACACGCAAGGGAAGAAAGAUGAAUGUUUUUUUUUAUUUUAUAUCUCCAAUAUCUUUCACUCCACAUUUGACAUAUUUCACUUUUACGGCACCUUUUAUGAUCAGAACACAUGAUCAAUCAAACACUGCUUUUACAUUACGUUCUCCCUCACGUCCUCAGAACUCGUGCCAUACACAAUUAUCCUUGUUUCCAAGAGAAAGCAGUUCUCUUCAUCGUGUUUGUCGGCUUUUCUCUGUUCAGUUAAGCUUUUAUUUACUUAGUAUUAGAAGUAUUUUGUCGCAGAGGUUGAAAACAUUGCACAUGCAUCGAUGCCAGCUCUACUUUUGAAAACACAUCAAAUUUUAAAUCGAGUGGUCAAUUUUUAAAUGUCGCCGCUGGACCAAAAUGUGAAGUUAAUGAACUCUGACUCUCCCCCUUAGGAUCUUUUCUUUAAGUCUUUAAUAAGCUUUACCCAUUUUUAAAUAAACUGCAGUAUAAGUCAUAUUCCAUAGGCCUAUAUUUUGAGUUUAUGUGGAGUGGAUGCUUCUCCUUUUGAUUAAUUUUGUUCUCCUUAGUAUCCUUUUUAUUGUACACAGUAUUGUUUGUUGUAUUUUUACUGUAACUUUAAACUCUGGAUGGUACUAAUAGGGUACCCUGUGUUCUUCAGGGCACUUCAGAAAAAAAUAAGGUGCUACAGCUAGAUGUUAUGUUUGAGAUGGAACUGAGAAAAAUGUAAAAUACAUAUACAGUAUAUAGUAUGUUUUCAAAAGAAUUAAAAAAAACAACCUAUUACUCAAGCCACUGGCCUGAAAAACAAGACAUUUUACGCCAACAACAGACCCUGCCUCUUCAACUUUACUCUCUCCUGAGAUAGUGGGAAAAUGUACAUGUUGCUGUACUGUAAAACAUGUUACUCAUUUAUAGUACCUAUUUUUAAGUUUUCAUCAACAGCUUUCUGUUUGGGUUUUUGUAAGAGCUUAUGUAUGGACUUACUGUAAUUAUUUUAGUCAACCCGUAUGUUAUUAAUACUCAUGUUUUAUAUCAGUUAUUUCCAUGUAAGCCUUAACUGUUCUAUCAUCCCAUUUCCAUGACUCUGUAUUGUGUUCUGCAGUAUUCAAUCGUGUAAACAUUUUUUUUUUUUUUAUUUCCUUUCCUUCCGCAUGGAGUUCCUGAGCUGUAAACUGUAUGAUAACUGUUUAACCCAUGUUCUCGAUGAAAAGAUAUUGCGUAGAUUUAUUACACUUUUUCCUGUCUUGCAUUGUGGUUUCAUAUACAGUUUCUAGAACGACUAAAUAUGCACAGCCAAGACUGAGAAGUUAAACUAAGGUUAUCAAUGUUUAAAAAAGGAAAAAAAGCUUUGUAUCUUUACCUUGUUUAAUAAACAGACUGUUACAAAUUC